CUGAUCAGAUCCGUAUGAUCACAUCAGAACAUGCAGAUCAUGAGAGGAACUUGAUCAGCUUGUUUUGAACCUUCAGGCAGAUCAUCGGUUAGUUCAGAUCAUUUUCUUUAACGAACUGAACUUCCUGUUGUUGCUUCCUUGGAGCUGUGAUGUCGGCGAAUUACUGGGAAUUCUGACAAUGUGGCGUCUCAACAUUCUGCAUGUCGGUUUUAUUGACUCUCAUGAAGCUGAUCAGAGUAAACAGCUGAUCCUGAACAUGGCAGACAGAUCCGUCCUUAAAACCUUCCUGGUUCUGGUUCUGGUUCCUCUGCUGGCCGUUUCUGCAGCAGAUCCAGAUCCAGUUUCCUGUGUUUUCAGACACAGCUGCCUGCUGCCCUGUCAGUUCCAGUCCGGCUCUGGACCGGAAAUCCGCUGGUCCAACCCGUCAUCAGCUGGAGAGCUUCUGGUUCACUCCUACUAUGACGGCCAGGACCAGCUGGAUCAGCAGAACCAGAACUUUCAGGGCCGGACGUCACUGUUUCUGGAUCAGAUCUCCAGAGGAAACGCCUCCCUGCUGCUGAAGGAGGUGAAGAUUCAGGAUGAGGGAAGAUAUAAAUGCAACAUCAGCACCAGCACGGGAUAUAAAGACUCAUUUAUAAAUCUGAAAAUAAACGCUCCAGUCUCUGACAUCAGGAUCCAUCAGGAUGGAAACAGGAUCACCUGCAGCUCAGAGGGGAUCUACCCUCAACCUGAACUCACCUGGUCCACUGAGCCUCCAUCCAACACGGCUCUGCAGAACAGAACCACAGUCCAUCAGACUGAGGAGAAGCUUUAUGACAUCAGCAGCUCUCUGACGGGUCCAGAUGGUUCUGAUCUGACCUACAGCUGCAGCAUCAGAACCAGGAGCAACAGGAAGACAGAAACCCUUAAAAAAGGAGAAUCAGCAGGAGGUAAAACCUGGAAGGUGAUUCUGGGUCUGAUUGGACCAGCAGCAGCAGGAGCAGCAGCCGCUUUUUUAAAGAAAAAGUGUAAGAAGGAUGGAAACAAGGAGAAGGGUGAUGAGAAGAAGAAGAGCAAGGACUCAAAAAAAGGAGAAUCAGAAACAUUUGGAAAUUUUAGUGAAGAGUCAGACUCAGUUGACUUUAAGCCUUCUAGAGCAAUAAAGAUGAUAAAGGAUGACAUAAAAGGAGAAUUUGAUAAAGUAAAGAUGAGCGUGACCACGGAGGAACCAGAGAGCGCUGCAGCCAUUACAGAUGAGCUGCAGCAGCGAGGGGGCGGAGCCUAAUGGAUGAGCUGCAGCUGCGAGGGGGCGGAGCCUAAUGGAUGAGCUGCAGCWGCGAGGGGGCGGAGCCUAAUGGAUGAGCUGCAGCUGCGAGGGGGCGGAGCCUAAUGGAUGAGCUGCAGCUGUGAGGGGGCGGAGCCUAAUGGAUGAGCUGCAGCUGUGAGGGGGCGGAGCCUAAUGGAAGCUGGAGGAGAGGAAAAUGACAUGAAUCCACAGUGAUAUUGAUUAAAUAUCUUUCAGGUUCUAAAACUAUUAAAAGGUUUUUCUAGAGGAAAUGUCUAAUUGAAACUGGUUUGUUGCUUCCUUUUACUUUUACCUUUUUUUCUGAGCGUUUAUUGCAGCAUGAAGAUGAGACGUUUAUUCUGUUUCAGCUUUAAGUUUCUAAUUGUUUGAGAUAAACUGGUUUAUUUUGUGAAGUUUAAUUUUUAUUUUUCAAAAUAAUAUUAAUAUGACAUUUUGGGGUUUUUUCUAGUUAGUCACAAUAACACAGUAAAGUUUUGAGAUGAUAAAAUCAUUUUAUUGACAAACAAAAAUAUUGAGGUUUUGUUUAAAGUAACAACAAAUUUCUAGAUGUGAAAAUUGUGCAAAAGUCAACAUUUAUGUCAAAUAUUUUACUUUUCCUCAGUUGUGGUGAAAACAGAUCUUAGUUCAUGAAUUUAAUUAGCACAAAUAAAACAAGUUGCUUUGAAAAGAAAUGAUGAAAUUAUAAUCUAAAGCUAAAUGUGUGAA